UAAUUGGGACAGAGAUGUGGCGCGUAAUCCAGCUUUGGCACAAGUCCGCGCGGAGCAAACGUGUCCAAAUGCAUAACUUUUCUCUGAAAUAACAUGGAAAACAUAAUGAGGAGAUUCAUAGAAGAUGUCCAUCCCCGCACAGAUAAGAUAAUACCACAGGUUUCCAGCCCCCACAGCGCGCCAGGCCUUUAAAGGGAGUGGUUUGGCUCGUUUUACGCACAGAGUUGUGUCGUCCCGCACUGUCAGCAUCAUGAGCGUCGACUUCUCCAAAAACGCCACUGAGAGUCCUGAGGCUUGUAAAACAGAAGUGAAAGGAAACAUUCCCAACUGGCUCCAAGGGACUCUGCUGCGUAAUGGCCCCGGGAUCUUCUCUGUGGGGGAGACCAGCUACGAGCACUGGUUUGACGGGAUGGCACUCAUGACCAGCUUCACCUUUAAAGACGGUGAAGUGACCCACAGAAGCAGGUUUCUGAGGAGUGACACGUACAAAUCAAACAUGGCUGCAAACAGGAUAGUCGUGUCUGAAAUGGGGACAAUGGCCUAUCCAGACCCCAGCAAGAACUUUAUUGUAAAGGCAAUUACUUUCCUCAACCACACCGUGCCCGACUUCACUGACAACGGCGCCAGCAACUUCAUCAAGUACGGAAACGAAUACUUUGCCACCUCCGAAACCAAUUACAUCCGAAAGAUUGACCCUGUUACCCUGGAAACGCAGGACAAGGUGGAUUACUUGAAAUUCCUGCCGGUGAACGUGGUUUCGUCUCAUCCGCACUACGACAGUGAAGGCAACACUUACAACAUGGGCACCUGCAUAGCGGAGAAGGGCAAGACCAAAUAUGUGGUGUUCAAAGUCCCACCUCUUCCUGAUAAAGGAGCUCUGAAGAAGGCUGAGGUGGUCUGCACAGUCCCCUGUCGGUCCCUCCUCACUCCGAGCUACUACCACAGCUUUGGCAUGACGGAAAAUUACUUCAUCUUCAUCGAACAGCCUUUCAAACUGGACAUCCUCAAGAUGGCCACCGCUUACAUGAGGGGAGUCAACUGGGCCAGCUGCCUCAAGUUCUGCCCUGAUGAGAACACCCUGAUCCACGUAAUCGACAGAAAAACUGGAAAAGAGGUAGAAACCAAGUACUACACGGGCGCGAUGGUCGUGUAUCAUCACGUGAACGCGUUCGAGGAAGACGGACACGUCGUCUUCGAUGUGAUCGCCUACAGAGACAACAGCCUUUACAACAUGUUCUACCUGAGCAAGCUCAAAGAAGCCGGUUCCCACGACGACGGCUACGUACAACCAAACUGCAGGAGAUUCGUGCUUCCCGUCAGAUCGGACAAGGGCGUGGCCAUCGGAGAGGAUAUGGUGGCGCUAAAAUAUACGACCGCCAGUGCUGUAAAAGAGAAAGAGGGAAAACUCAUGUGUCAGGCAGAGGUGCUGUGUGAAGGCUUCGAACUGCCAAGAAUGAACUACAACUUUAACGGGAAGAAGCAUCGUUACGUCUACGGAAGCAUCGUGGAUGAUUCUGCCGUGUCCAAACAGAUCGGGAAGUUCGACACAGAAACCAGGAAGAUGGUUUACUGGAAAGAAGAGAACUGCUUUCCUUCAGAGCCUGUUUUUAUCCCCAGACCAAACGGAGAAACAGAAGACGACGGCGUCGUCGUGGUCGCGGUCACCAACCCGAGCCCCGGCCAGCCCUGUUUCAUCGCCAUUUUGGACGGAAAAACAUUUAAAGAAGUGGCACGAGCGAAUGUGAAAGGACAGCUGUACAGAGACGUGCACGGGUUUUUUAUCCCCAAAACCAACUAAAAAAAAAACCCAAAUGUUUGUACAGAGGUUAAACAGUGGGGUUUUGUAUAAAGCUGCUUAGAUAGAAAGUAUUCAUGAUGAAAUAUUAUUGAUAUUUGUCCUAGUUUUACUGAUUUGGUGACUUAAACAUGUACAUACUCCUGUUAUAUAUGUUGUCUACAUUG